CACGACGUCAACAACUACGAUAAAUUUACAAAUAAUAUUGAAAAAAAAAGAAUAAAUAAAAUAAUAAUAAUGUAGCUAAAUGUGUACAUGUGUUGCUCUUUUUUGACUAAAUGUGACAGCAAACAAAAAAGUUCUUGAGGAAACAAUAAUAAUCAUCAUCAUCAUCGUCGUCGCCGUCGUCAUCAUCGUCAUAAUAUAAGCGGCAAAGGCAAAGACAAACCCAGCCCGCCCGACAGCCCAACAACCCACCAACCAUUAACACUUUUCUAUUCUACCUAAUAAAAUGAAAUGAAAUAAUACAACACUGUUUUUGUUCCUACAACUGACUCUGACUGACUCAACCUUUCUAUGCGCCACAAUAAAUAUGAUUUUUUAGUUGAACGGCACGCGAAGUACCCAAGAGACGACAGACAGCACAAAAAAAAAUUUUAAAAAUUUAUAAAGAAACAAACGCUGAAAACUAAAAGAAACUUUUAAAAUUUGAAAUAGAAAAAAAUAAAUAACAAAAUUUUGUAUACAAGUGAGCUGCUCUGCUUGACAAGAAAACAAAUAAAGCAACUACAACAACAACAACAAAAACGUCAAAAAACAAGAGAAUGUCAACGUUUUUCCUGUAUUUUAAAUAAAUAAAAUAACAUAAAUUUAUUAAAUCAUUUAAUAAUUUAAAACAAAUAUAAAAAUUAUAAUUAAAAUCUAAAAAACACAAAAUAAAUUUGAAAUAAAACCUCUAAAUAACGCGUGUGUGCGUGUGUUUCUAACAAAUAAAUAAAAUAUUGUGUUAAAUAUUUUAAAAAGCUGUCAAAGUGUGUGCAAAAAUUUCAUUUAUUUGUUGCUGCAAUCAUUCUAAUUUUAAUAUUAGUAUUAAAUAACGUGACGUGUUUAAAACGUUAAUCCACCUUAACGUCUACAAAUGGCUGUGUUAAAUUUUAAAAAUAUAAAUAAAAAACUUUAAAAAUAUACAUAUUACAAAACAUAUUAAAUAAAUUACACUAAAAAUAUGUAAAAUUUAAAAUUAAUUCUUGUUUUAACAAAAAAAAAAAAAAACACAACAAUAAACCAAAGAAGUAUUAUUAAAACAAACAACAACACAAGGAAAAGGCACAAAGUUUUACUUUAACAAAAAAAAAAAAACAACAAUAAAAAUAAUCAUACCACUUGAAAAGCACCACCUGGAAACUUAAAACAACAAAGCCAAGAAAAUAGGCUGAAAAUACAACAACAAGAAGAAACACUUUACUUUGAACUUUGUAUCAAGCAAUUACGAACGAACCCACCUUUUUUGUAGAAAAUUCAUCACACACACUCACAACUAUUAUUAAGUCAUCACACCCACCACCCCCUUAACAACAGAAUCACUCGCCAAUAAGCCCCCCCAACAUCUAGACUUCAACACACAAAUGAAAGAUAUUGAAACAUCAGCGUCUGCACCGAACAGUUCAACAUCAUUUGUAUUUAAAUGUAUUAUAAAAACUGUACGCUUUAUGUGGCAAGUUACAGCGUUACCGACAAAAAUUGGUGAAACUAUUGGUACCUUUUACCGUUAUGCACAGACCUCAGUCGAUAGUAUAUUAUGUGUAGCUGGAAAAGCUCGUCGUAAAGAACGAGAUGGUGAUCAAAACUCAACAGAUACCAAAUUAUAUUUGGAAGAAAGUGUUUUAGAACGUAAAUUACCUGAAGCUGAUCUCAAAGCUCUAGUUGAUCUACCAGCUGGUUUAGAUUAUAAUGAGUGGCUGGCAUCACAUACUUUGGCUCUUUUUGAACAUGUAAACUUGGUUUAUGGCACCAUUAGUGAAUUUUGUACCACUUCGGGUUGUCCCGAUAUGACAGGACCGGGCAACAGAACGUACUUAUGGUUUGAUGAGAAAGGUAAAAAGACCCGCGUAGCGGCUCCACAAUAUAUCGAUUAUGUUAUGACAUUUACCCAAAAAACUGUCAGCGAUGAAUCGAUAUUUCCUACCAAAUAUGCCAACGAAUUUCCCAGUUCGUUUGAAUCGAUUGCCCGUAAAAUUUUACGCUUGCAAUUUCAUGUGAUAGCACAUCUGUAUGCGGCGCAUUUCCGAGAAAUCGCCCUAUUGGGUUUGCAUACGCACCUUAAUUUAACUUUUGCCCAUUUGACCGCUCUGCAUAGGCGUUUUAAUUUAAUUGAUGAAAAGGAGACCGAUGUUUUACGUGAUUUAGAAGUGGCUUUAAGAUUAACCGAUGAUACCACCGGCGGUGGAAGCGGUGGCGCUGGUAGUGGUAGUUCACAAAAUGAUGCAACAGAAACAAAUUCCUCAUCGUCUGGAGGCGGCAGUGGUGGUGGCGGAGGAGGUACUGGUGGUGGCGGUGGGAGUGGUGUAGAUUCAAUUAAGGGGAGUUUAAACGAGGAUGUCAAUUCAGUGCAACACAAUAAUCUUAUGGAUUGUAAUACGACGGCACAGCCUCCAAUAUGUACACAGCCCGAGGCCAAUCUAAAGUCACAACAGUUUGGUGGCGGCGGUGGACUUAUUGGUGGUAUCUUAGGUGAUUUAAGUAGCGGCGAAUUUGGUGAUACUAUGCAUUAUUGUACUUCGGCAGUUCCUGCUUCCUCUACUACUAACAAUACCUCCUCCAAUCAUACUUUUACUCCCAACACCUGCUCUACGAACAGCACCUGCACGACAGCCGAUCAACAGUCGUCGUCGUCAUCGUCUACAGUAGGGGCCGUUACGGCAAAUGGUAAUAAUGGCGCGGGCGCUUUAAAUUUUCAUCUCAAUAAUAACAAUCACUUAGCACAUCAUCCACAUACGCACCAUCCCCAUCAUCACCACCAUCAUCAUCACAACAAUGUGCAUCACCAUCAUAAUCAUCCAUAUGCGCAAAAUACAGGCCUAAUACAGUGCAAUGCUAGUAACGCUCCUACAGCAACAAAUGCUACCACUUCAACAACCACAGCAUAGCUGAUCUAGAUUAAAUAUAUAAAAUUAUUAUUAUUAUUAUUAAUAUUAUUAUUAUUCUUAUAAUUAUUAUUAUUAUUAUUAUUCUUUUUUUUCUGUUGUUAUCUCUUUUCCUAAACAACAUUAACAACAACAACAUCAACUGCUACAAAAAUAAUAAAUCAACAAACAACAACAACCACAACAAACAAAUAAAUUUAAUAAUAAUAAUGAAAACCCUAAACUAUCUCUCCUUUAUAACAAAUUAAAACAAAUAAACAAAACAAACAAACAAAAAAAGUAAGAAAAAAACAAACAACAAAAUAUUAAAAUAUAGUUUUAAAACAAGUUAAGAAAUAAAGAAAGAAAAAUAAAUGUUAAUUAUGAAAAAUUAAAAGAAAAAAAAAUAAAACAAAUACAAAAAAAGUAAAAAAUAUUAAAAAAAAUUGCAAAUAAUGUUUUAUUAGUUUUUAUGAACAAGAGUAUGAUGAAUGACUUAAUUAAAACAACUACUACAUACACAUAUGAAGCAAAAUACUUACAUAUUUAUUUGUUUAAUUAUGGAAAUCUAAAACACACAUACAUACAUACACCUAAAAUUUUACUUUUCAAUUGUAUUUAGAAGAUGUUUAGUUUUUAGGAAAAUUUUAGUUUUUCCAAAACAUUUCAGUAGUUAGGAUUCGUUUAUAGUUCAGUUCACAAAGGAAAUGAUUUGAAUUUAUAUAUUAGCGGUAUUCGAUGUUUACUUUUGCAAAUGUUUUGUUAACGAAUGUGAGCGGUUUCAUUAUUUGAUAUUUGCAAUGCAAUUUAAGCUUUUUAGCAGCUGUUAUAAACGUCAACAAUUUAUGAAAGUUUAUGUUUGAUUUUUUAAAUAAUCUUUGGAAAAAGUUACCCUGAAAAUUACUUCGACUGAAUGUACGACGUUCGACAAUUUAUAAGUGGUCUCUAGAUACCUAACUUUUCAUCUAUGUAUACAACUCCAACUAAAAAAACACUUAUUUGUUUAAAAAACGUACUUCAUUACUUAGUGCCUCCUCCAUGUAAUCAAAGAACACUUAUAUUCCUUCUGUUGACCACUUUUUGCUUGUUUAUUUCUCCUUUUAAUUUAAAUGGAAUAAUUUUUGUCUCUAUUGUUUUAGUUUAAUUUAUUUUGUUGUUUACAAUUGUCAGCUGUUAUAAUGAAAGAAUUGCAAACGCAAUAACGCACCAAAAAAAACUAUACCAACAGUGUGUGUUUUGUUGUUGGAUUGCAUAAAAAUCUAUGAGAUUUUGCAUUUGCUCUUUUCCAAGACCAUUUGCACUAAACACUGAUCUCCCGUUAGGAUUUGUAUAUCCAUCAAAGGGACUGAGCAAAACUGAUUCCGUAUCAGGUUUUAGAAUUUAAUUCAUUUUCAGAUAUCGUGUCAUGAAGUUUGAAAAAAAACAGCUUUUGACCACAUUUAAGGCGCUAUAACAGUGCGAAGAUACCUUCAUUAAUAAAAUCUGUGUUAUGUCAGCUGUAAGUCCUAUAAGUCGACUUUAAAAAGAAGGUUUUACCACUAUUCUUCUUCUUUCUUCGAGAUAAUGCCACACAUUCAACACAUUUUUCGAAAAUAAACAAAAAAUUUGCUUCUUCCAUUCAAAACUUUUCUGCAUUUCAAUUCGAAUCUAAAUGUUUUUCGUUUUGCAAUUUUGAUAUUGUUCGUAAAGCAUUGAAACCGAAUGCAAAUGCUCCUUCUUCUUCUUACUAUUCCUUGGAAACGAAAUCGAAGUGCACAAUAAGUAAACCUUCUAUCUUUUUAUGAUUGUAAACCCGAACUAUUAUGCGAUUUUAAACCAAAAUCUCUAAUGUUAGGCGAACUGAGAUUCUCUUCAUAUGACCCUUUAUAAAACAAAAGUAAAGUUGUUUUACCUCAAACAAAUAUAGAUUUUAAUAAAACUAUUCUUAGCAAAGAAAAGCAAAAGUCUUAUUAUAAUCCAAUGAGGUGAAGAUCACACCAGUUGAACUCUAUUAUUCGAGUUGACCAAAAAUUGAGCCAUGAAAGGUUUGUAUUGAUGUUUCAAAUUUGCUAUACAAUACUGGGAGGUUACUCUGGUAGCACAAUACAAUUCAUGAAUUCAUUAUAGUACUACCCUGCCUUAGUUAAAUUGUUGCUUACAGCCUCAUAAUGAAAAACGAGCUGCUAACUUUGUUGUGUAUAAAUUCCCUAAAGAGAAAAAUAGCAGCUCGUUAGUUGGUAGUUAGUUUUUUAUAAUAAAUAAGAACAUUAAAGUAUUUGGAUUGUUUUAAAUCAAAAUAUGUAGUUCUAAAAUCACAAAAAUUUCAUUGCAUAUUGUGUAGCGUUGUGUUUAUUUUGUUAUAAUUCAGUGGUUUUAUUUUCACAUACAUAAGUUACUAAUGUAAACAUUGGUUUGUGGUUACAAUUUGUCGCUAAAGUAUUAAAUAUGUACAUAUAUAGUAGAUCUUAUACUAUUCAAUAGUUGGGAUUACCUUAUUACUUUUAAUACUCAACAGAAUUUCAGUCUUAAGUUCUGUUAAUUGCAAAAAAAAAAGAAAAUAGAAAACAAUUUAGAAUUCCUGCUUAUAUAUAGAUUAAACAAAAACCAAAGCAGCAACAAUGUGUUAUUAUUUCCACAACGAAUUCUAGAACGUUUCGUUGAGAAGAAACACAGAAUUUUUCGAAACCGUUAUUGUGGAUAUGGAUGUUCCUUUUACAGAAUGGUUUUGUAAUCCGUUCUUUAUAUAAUGACUUUUGAUCGAAAUGAUCACGCUUUAGAAGUAGUUCUAGGAAAGCUUUAGGGAAUAAAUACACUUAUCUUUCAAAUAGUUCUAGAAUUAGUAUUUUUAUGUGAUUUUUUUUAUAUAAAACAGUUUUAAGCAACAAUUGCGCAGUUUUCGUGGUCGGAUCUUAUUCGUUUUCUUUAAUUUGUUAAGAAUUAGACAUUUGAUUAAAUAUGACAAUUGACCCUUUAGAUUAUAAUUUAAAAUCUACAUAUAAAUUUUAAUUUAUAUUUUAAAUACAAUUGAAAACAACUCUCUACACACAUACAUACUUUGAUUAAAAAACUAAAAUUUGUUUAACAAUUUCUUAUUUUCAACGUAUAUACUUUUAAUGGGUCGAUUAUGUAUAACAACCGAAGUUCAGGACAAAGAUUAUUAUUGAAAAUUCAGUAUUUAUAAAGUUUCCAAGCUAUUGCUAAAAAAAUGUUCAGUAUUUACAUCAUUUUGUCAACUGGCAACGCAACUAAAGUGUUAAUCGAGAUAUAUAAUCGAACCAUAAAUAUUUCACUAGAAUUUUUUAUUUAUUUUUUUAACAAAUACCAACUAUAUUCUAUAAGAAACACUAAGCUUUAAUAAAUGUUUACUAUUUUCAGUUGGAUAUGCAAAAUUCUAAAAAGAAAAAGAAAGAAAAAACAUUUACACAUAAAUUAAGUUAAAAUCAAAAUUUUCAAUUCAUUGUUCAUUAUUGAUUUGUAUUUUUUAAAAUUUUUAUUUAAAUCAAGCUAAUAAGUGUAAAAAUUAAUAUGUAAUUAAACGCUUUAAAUGCUUGAAAAUUAUAAAACUUUUCAAUUAAAGGAAAAAUGACACCAUAAAAUUUUAAAUAAAUUCUUUUAUGUAAUCCUAACUUCUAUUUUCAAACAUGACUAUUAAUUAUCAUACAUCCCAACAAACAAUUUUCAAUUAUACGGUAAAAAAACGAAUGGCAAAUUCUUUUAUUUAAGUUACAUUUUUAAUAAUUCACAAAUUUCCUCAACUUUUAUCCCAAAUUGUUGUUGUAAAGCUAAUAAAUUGAUAAUUAUAAAAAAACUAAAAAAAACUUUAAUAAACAAAGAAGUAGUCUGAUUAUAACUAAAAAAACUAAAAAUAUUUAUAAUACAACUGAAGUAACAGAACUAUAAAUUUAUUAAAUAAAACCAAAUUUUUAAAAGCACUUUAAAAUGUGAAAAAGCAAUGGAUAAUAAAAUUAAUUGUAAACACUCUUGUUUAAAAACAUUAAGACACAUGAUUAUUAUUUUGUUUACAUUUUUACUUUUUCGAAAAGGAUCCAUUUUGUAAUGUUUUUCUCUUCUUUUUAAAUGCAAAUAAUUUUUACAUAUCUUUCUAAAUACAACUAAUGUGGAGAAAAUUUGGAACAGAAUAAACAGAAGCUAGACAAGAAAUAGACCAAUUCACUUGGGUCCAUUUUUGGUUCUUUUGUAUUACCCGAAACGUAUCCUACCUCGACCCACCAUUAAGACAAUUGAGUUUUGAUCCUGGGUUUCGUGGCAAACUAACUUAUUGAAAAGAGUUAGUUUGCCACGAAGAAACUCCUUUCAGACAGGACCACUUCACUCGUCAGAUGUGGUAUUGUGUAGUAUUUGAUUCAGCCUGUGGCCGCGAGAAUCUUAGGUUGUCAUUAAAUUUAGACCCAGAUAUCUCACCAAGGUAACUGCCAAUGAGUUACUUUCUCUUAGCGGCUAUAGCAGGACAUUCACAGAGAAGUUAGAAGAUCGUUUCUUCUUUUCCCUGUCUUUGCAACUGUGACAGCACUCAUAGAAGGGGAGCUCAAGCCGAGAUGAAUGCCCGUCUAGCUCCUAGUGUCCUGUUAUAUACGCCGUCUGACUAAUAGGGUAGUGAUAGUUAAUGCAAAAGGAGUACCGGUGACUGUCGACAAAAAUUCCUAGGUUGCCACGAAUGUUGAGAUCGUAUAGUACCCUACAGGCUGACAUUUGUUGGGAAGACGGUAGUAGAUAUAUAUCCCAGCUGUAAAGAUUCGGUCGUAUAUUCACUUGAUAGAUUACCCUUACUCGCUCCUAGAAGGAACUCUAGGCCCAAAUUAUGGCACACGAUAUCGAUCGAAAUCUCCAUUUAGAUUCUAUUGAGAUUUCGAUCGAUAUCGUAUGCCGUAAUUUGGGCCCUGACUUUGAAAACUCUAUUAAAAGUCCGUGUGUGGGGUAAUAUAGGGGGAUGGUUGAUUCAAGAUUGGAGGUAGCAGGCCUAAAAUCUUAACAUGUCCGGAUGCACAGAUCAAUCUUUAGAAUGACAAUUGUUUAAAACGUGCAGGACACAGAAAGAAAGUAUUCGAUUGUUCCUUAUUCGUAAUACCCGUACCGGAUCCUAUUUCGAAACUCCAUUUAGACAUUUGAGUUGCUAUGGCAGGAGUUGCAG